AGUUUAGAGCUCAAAAGUCCACAGCCGCGGUGCUGGACGCAGGUGUGCCCUGGGCCUCCGGGGUCACCUGGUAUCAGGUCUUGCAGCGUGCAUCCCGGGACGGUGAUACACUCUCCUGGGGUUCAGCAACCACACUGCCUUCCAGGGAGCUGCAAUGGAGGAGUCACAGUCAGAGCCCAUGGAGUCCCCACUGAGUCAGGAGACAUUUUCAGAACUGUGGAAUCUACUUCAUGAAAACAAUGUCCUGACUCCAGAGGUACCCAUUGAUGAACUGCUGUCCCCACACCUUGUAAACUGUCUGGACAAAGAUCCGAAUGAAGUCCCCAGUAUGCCAGCAACUCCUGCACCAGCAGCUGAUGUUCUGGCACCAUCCACCUCGCCAGCUCCAGCCAGCUCCUUGCCCUUGUCAUCCUGUGUCCCUUCCCAGAAGACCUACCCUGGCAGAUAUGGUUUCCGUCUAGGAUUCCUGAAUUCUGGGACGGCCAAGUCUGUAACCUGCACGUACUCUCCUAUCCUCAAGAAGCUGUUCUGCCAGCUGGCAAAGACCUGCCCCGUGCAGCUGUGGGUUAGCUCCCCGCCCCCGCCCGGAACCCGGAUCCGGGCCAUGGCCAUUUAUAAGAAGUCUGAGCACAUGACAGAGGUCGUGAGGCGCUGCCCCCACCACGAGCGCUGCUCUGACUCUAGCGAUGGUCCGGCUCCUCCUCAGCAUCUUAUCCGGGUGGAAGGGAAUUUGCACGCCACGUAUCUGGAGGACAGGAACACUUUUCGUCACAGUGUGGUGGUGCCCUAUGAAAUGCCUGAGGUGGGCUCUGACUGUACCACCAUCCACUACAACUUCAUGUGUAACAGCUCCUGCAUGGGGGGCAUGAACCGGCGACCCAUUGUCACCAUCAUCACAAUGGAAGACUCCAGUGGUAAUCUGCUGGGACGGGACAGCUUUGAGGUGCGUGUUUGCGCCUGUCCUGGGAGAGACCGGCGCACAGAGGAAGAAAAUUUCCAGAAGAAGCGGGAACCUUGUCCCAAGCAGCCCUCUGGGAGCACUAAGCGAACACUGCCCACCAACACCGACUCCUCUCCUCCGCCAAAGAUGCCAGUGGAUGGAGAAUAUUUCACCCUUAAGAUCCGUGGGCGUAAACGCUUCCAGAUGUUCCAAGAACUGAAUGAAGCCUUAGAGCUAAAGGACGCCCAGGCUGCAAAGGACCCAGGGGAAAGCAAGACUCACUGCAGCCACUCGAAGUCUAAAAAGGGGCAGUCUACCCCCCGCCAUAAAAAACUCAUGUUCAAGAGAGAGGGACCUGACUCAGACUGAUAUCUUCUGCUUCCUGUCCCCUCUUGACACCCCUACCCUUGUCCCCUUUUCCUGGCAUUUUUGGGGGCUUAGGAGCUUAAACCUCUGCUUGGUACAGGUGUGCCUCAGAAACACCCCAGAAUUUUGCUUGCUUAGACCUAGGAUUCUGCUAAAGAAGUUGGCGUAAACUGGUGAUUUUGGGGGGAGGUGGGGGGGAGCUUAGCUUUUAAGGUUUUUACUGUGAAGACUGGGUGAAGUAGGAAACGUUCCUGCAUGUGAGGCUUAAGUUUCAAAUCAGCCAUACACUGGGUAGGAAGCUAGCCAGGGAAGCUAUCCCAAGUUAUGUAAUUUCUCCUAACUUCAUUGUCCACAUUGAUAAAAUGCCAAUAAUCAUACCUACCUCACGGGGCUUAUUGUGAGGAUUAAUGAAAUAACGUAUGUUUGGGACUAGGCUCUCUCAGGCGUGCUGAUUUCCUGUCCCCACUGGCAAAUGGAUUAACGGUUUCUCUGACUGGGCAGCUGGCCCGGCCAGAUCUUGUCUUCACCUUUUGGUUAACCUCAGUACCUAAGAAGACAUCUCAUCCCAUCACACACCCUGGAAGAUUCCAUCCCUCGUGUAGGAUCUGUAUUUUCUAAGAUCUGUUUGGCUUCCCCCAAAUACUCAGGAUCAGUUUCUUUUAUACUCUGAGGCACAUCUGUAUUCCUCACCAGCACCCCUUCUCUUCCCCCUUUUAUACCACUGUUUUUAUAUUUGUUUAUUAUUUUACAAUAAAAAUUUCCU